AUGGAGAAUGGAGAGCAUCAAGCCAUUACAAUAGCGGAAUCAGAUAGCAACCAAGAAUUGCCAGUUCGCUCUACCAAUGAAAUAGAAGAAUCCACUAACGUUGAAUCUAUCAUUCACAUGCAGAGGCGCUUGAAUGAAAUUAAAAGAGAAGGAAUCCAAAACUUAAGAGAAAGACAAAAUGCUUUCAUAUGCAAAGUCCCUCAAAGCCUCAUAGAAAUCGGCAGUCCUAGGGACAAUGAGCCAGAAAUUGUGUCGAUAGGCCCUUAUCACCACAGCAAAGAUGGGGUCUUAGAAUUUGAAAGUUACAAAUGGCAGUUUCUUCAUUCCUUGCUUUCCCGAACAAAUCAAUCACAUGCUGUGCACCUAAGGCAGGCCAUGAAAGAAUUAGAGAGAGAGGCAAGAACAUGGUACUCAGAGCCCAUUGAGAUAUCAAGUGAGCAAUUCAUUGAGAUGAUGGUGCUUGAUGGUUGCUUUAUCAUUGAGCUCUUCCAACAAGUUUCUGAGAGUGAAGACUCUGUAAAUGCCAACAGCCUAUUGUUCAGAAAGACAUGGUUAAUUCCGAUUCUCAUUAGAGACCUCCUGAAGCUUGAAAACCAACUUCCCUUCUUCGUUCUUGAGAGGUUAUUCAAUCUCUCCAUUGGCGAUACCAGUGACCUCUUAAGUUUGCAAGCCUUAAAGUUCUUUAAUCUUGCCCUGCCAAGGUCCCUUGAAUUACUAAAGAACAUAAAAUUCCAUGACCUAGCCAAGAAUCAUCUACUUGACUUGUUUCAGUCAAGCUACCUCCCCUUCUCAAUCUCAUCCCGCAACUCCAGCAACAUCCAAAUAAGAAUAUCACCGAAUUUAAUCAACCUCUGCACGUCAUCACAUGGUUCACAAGAGUAUCACCCAUUGUCCGAUCAGUCAAUGCCAUGUGUGACACGGCUCCGGCUUGCUGGGAUCAAGUUUAGGCCACAAAAAAAUAUUAAUGGUAGCUUCUUGGACAUAAAUUUCGACAAAGGGGUGCUAAAAAUCCCACCAACAACCAUCAAUGAUUUCACCAGCACCAUCCUUAUCAACUGUGUUGCCUUGGAACAAUGCAGCCCACAAGGUUCCUCUACGUACUUUUUUGAAUACAUUGCCUUCAUGAGUUGUCUCAUCAGCUCGGGCAGAGAUGUUACAUUCCUUUGUGACGAUGGAAUUAUCACAAAUUUCCCCUACAAUGAUCUACAAGUUGCUCAUCUUUUCAGGAAAUUGGCAGAGAAAGUUGUUUUCAACAUUAGGGGGUGUUACCUCUCUAAGAAAUUUAGAGAAGUGGAGGCCUACUAUAGCAGCAACUGGGCAACUCUGAGGCGCACAUAUUUUAGCAAUCCAUGGUCAUCCAUCUCAGUUGUCUCUGCCUCUGUUCUGCUGGCGAUGACAACCAUAUAG